CCUAGACGUUGUUGAAUGAAAUACGCCGUGACUUUUUUCAUUUAAUAAUUGUCAGUUGUUUUUAUUAAGUAUAUAUAGAUGGAUUUUCGAACGUUUUUUGAUGGAUUUUUUGGGAUUCGAUCUCACUCUAACGAAGAAAACAGAUUUUUUCAAAGUGGUGAGGAAGAAGAAUUUGACCCGGAUGACAUAUUUCAACAUUUUCAAGAUGUUAUACAGCAGCAAAUGGGAGAGCUCCAUCAACAAAUGCAAGACAUAUUCAGACACUCUGGAUCUGUGGCAGGGAUUGACACUGAUACAGGAGAUGCAGUUUUCCCUGAUGGACGUCAGUCUCUGCGUGACAGGAUGUUGAAGGCGCCAGACUCGUCAGAUCAACAUAGCAGUGACCAUCAGUCCCCUCCUACCAGGCACUGGUUUGGUGGUUUUAUGGUUCCAAACUGGGACCGAAUUAAACCGAGGAGCAAAGGAGACAUAGAUUUGGAUGGAGAAAUCACUGAAAAGGGUUUGUCAGUAGUACUGGAUGAGCCGCGGUUGUUAACUCCUGACUUGCCACGUGAGCCACAAUAUUCAUCUCAGCACAGCAGCGUGUCCAUAACAACUAUCAGACGAGGAGAUGGGACAGUUGAGGAGAGGAGAACUGUUCGCUAUUCUGACGGGAGAGUGGAAACUACGAGAACUGUUAAUGGGGAGAAAGUGGAAGAUUUGCCCAGCACUGAUCAGCGUGAUCUUUCCUUGUUUGGCAAGCUGUGGCAGGAUGAGAACAACGCUGAGAGUUCACGGGAAGGCAUCAUAGUGCUUCCUCCGCAGCCUGGACACAUUCACAGGUCUCUCUUGUGGAGGCUUUUUGGAUUGGAUUUUUCACAACCAAGAAGUUAACAUUACGUCAGCCACAUUUAAGACAGUCUUUUUAGUGUUGGUCAUUUAAGUACAGCAUCCUACAAACUGGCUUCAUCAACAUUACCAAGUAAAACAAUUGGAGGUGGUUUGGUGAACUUUAUCACAUUGGUCAGUAUAUUAAGUUUGCCUUAUAUUAAAUUGUUAAUCACGAUUAUAUAUCAGAAUGAUAAAGUUCAUGCAUGCCUCAAAUAAAUUGCAAUAAAUCAAA